AUGGCUUCGUACUAUGCGCUUAUUCCUGAUGCUGACAAUUAUUUAAACUUUCAGAAGGCUUCUGAAUACUGCAAGUUGAGGAAUAAAACGCUCUCCACCAUCAGCUCAUUUGAAGAGCAGGAGAAAAUCUCCAAAUUGGCGUUCAACCUUUCUCAAAUCAAUCGAGAAGGGGCCCGUUUGUGGCUAGGUCUUGUAAGAAAAGAAAACAAAGAGAAGUUUGAAUGGAAAUAUCAUGUCAUUGACGAGAAUGAUCAGAAAGUUGAUGUUACCUGCGAUGUGACGAAGCCAACUUUUUGGGAGCGCGCGCCGGAUCCUAAUACGAUGGACACCGAUUGUGCUAUUUUGGAUGUCGACUAUGACUGGACAGGGGACUUUGAUAACCAUGAUUUGAAAAACUGGGAGCCAGUCAAUUGCUUUAACUCGUUAAAUGGAGAUUCUGGACAUGCUCAUGGAUUUCUCUGCACAGAUAAUGUUCCAGACAAAACGAGAUUUCCUGAAUCUUGUCGCCAUGGCCACGAUUUCCCAACGACAAAAACUACAACAACAACAACUCCAACAACUACUACUACUACAACAACUACAAUAACAACUACAACAACAACAACAACAACGACGCCAACGUCCACAACGACAACGACAAGCUCGUCUCCAUCGUCAAUUAUUUGCUCAAUCAUUUGUAUUCUCAUCGGUUUUGCUUUCACUUUCUGA